CGCGCCCAAACAGCUGUCGGGAGAUUUAAACGUGUGUUGCGGGCACGCGCCUCAUUGUUCCCAUCAGCUAUACAACGGUAACAUUACCUGUGAUUCACCACGAGGACAUGGCUCACAAUCUCAACGUCGACCAGGCUCGAAACGGCGAAGAGGACACAGCAACGCCUGGUGUCCCGUCAUCGUGUGCACCUGGUAAAUCAGCAGCUCUGGAUAACCUCAAACCGGUGGCAUCAGUAGCUUCGAGUGGCAGUAACAAUGAGUCUGAACCGGUGACGCCAGGACAUUCACGCCAGGCUACAACAACCCAGAGUCUUGAGUCCAAUGGAUGCAACACACCCUCCUUGAGAUGUGGGGAAAAGCGGGAGAGGGGAUCAGACAACCCCUCUGAAGUUCCCGUGAAACGCCGUUUGAGAUUAUCAAAGGAUAACGGGAGAGAAUGUUCGCCAGAUUACGACGAGAGAUGUGCGGAGCUAUGGAUCGAUGGUGAAGUGGCUGCUUGUGAGGCUUAUGAGUUAUCAAAGUCUAGCAGCAACACCCAACAAGUCGCUCGACAACCCGACAAUAACAGCUCUUUCAGUCAGCCUCUCACUCCGAGGGACUUUCAGGGUGUUGUUCGAGCCGAAGUGGCAGGCUGUUUUGAACCCAUCACAGACUUGAUUAGUACGAGUAUGGAGUGGAGCAGGACUGAUUUCAAUCAGGUGAUAAACAGACUUCGUACACUGCAAAGGGAUACCACAAUACUGACACAUGAAAUCCGUAAUAUGAGAGCAAAUCAAAGACUGGCGUUAGACGCAAUCCCUCUAAUGAAUGAAAGAAUGAGCGUCAUUCAAAAGUGUGUGUUAGAGACGCACAAAAUGUUGACCGCUACUAGAAAAUGAUGGGUAUGUUUAUUAUAGCAUACUGAUACUGUUCAAGCCGAUUUCUGCUAAACUUUUCCUCUUUUUUUAUAGAAUUUUGAGUGAAUUUUUUUUUUUUUUAUGAAUGAUGUGCAUGCUUGUUUAUUAUAUUCAUUUUUGUGUGUUAUAGUAAUAGGUUUUUUUAGAAGUCAUUUUAAAAUGGUCAUUUCAAUGACAUCCAACAAGAUAAUGAAUGGGAUUUUCCGAGUAAUGCAGAACUGUUGAAACAACUUAAAUCUGGAAAAAAAAUACUGUAUUUUACUUAAUAUUCAUCUCUGCAGUGUAUUGUGUUGUUUUAUUGUAUGCACCGAUCAUUGAUAUUUUGUGAACCGGUGAAGAGUAUAACAUUGAUUUGGUUUUUAAAUGGCUCCUGUCAAGGGGUGGUAUAUGUUAGUCAGCAAACGAACAGUCACAGCUUGAAUUUCAUAUUUUGGAAGUUGAAAAAAAUGGCAAAUCGUGACCCCAAAGACAACUGGGUCAGGUGAUGCAAGGAAGCAGCAUCAAGGUCAAGGACGGCCGAGGCACACUGAUGCAUGCAGGUACAGUAUGUAGACAAUCUCAUGUACACAGAGUACUGUGCAAAACUCUUUCAACAAGUUAAGGAAGCCAAUGCUAUGUUUUGUGAAUAUUUAACCCAAAACGAAAGAUUAGACCGAUUUAGCGUCAAAUAUGAUGAUGGUGCAUUAAAUAUGGUAAACUCAGAUGGUCACACCUGUGAUGGGGGAGAAGAACCAAAUCAGAGAUAGAUCAAGUCCAUUCUUGAUGAA